UGAAAUAGAUUUUUGAUUAGCAUAAUGGCACUGCUCACGUCUUUUCGUCUUCGGAUUGUUUUCUGGGGAUAGUUUUCUACUUUCUCAAGGGACAUAAUUCCCCACGAAUUGUUUACACUAGGCAACAACAUGGCGCCGAAGAAACGAUGGGAAAUGUUUAUCGCGAUAUUGGGUUGUUCCACUUUUGUCCUCUUCAUGACGUAUAAAGUUUCUUUUAAUUGGUAUGACGAAUACAAAGUAUUGCAGGAAGAGAGGCAUUGGUCUGGUUUUGGACCCGAGCAAGGAAACUACAGUUUCACAGUUGUCACAGGGCUCUUUGACAUUGGCCGGGGCAGAUGGAUGACCAGUUGGAGGACGUACAAUGAUUAUCUCGGAUACUUGCUGCAGAUCCUCAAGCUGGAUGUAAACUUGAUCGUGUUCAUUGAGAAAAAGGGUGUGCCAUUUGUUGAAAGGAACAGGCGCGGGAGAGAGGGGCGGACGCGGAUAUAUGAAAUGGAUAUCAUGGAUCUGGAGUACUUUCCCCUGCUCAAGGAUAUCACCAACAUCAUGCAGAGUCAGCAGUUUCAGGUGAGAGAAUUGGUUAGGGUUAUGUGA